AUGGCCUCCGACAAACUCGAUUCGAAAGGGGAGAAAAAGCAGAUGUCCUCGCACGGGGAAAAGAAGCGGAAAAGAGAUCACAAGGAAGACGGACAUAAAUCGAAAUCGAAGAAACACAAGAGCGACAGGCCGGAAAAAGUCUCUACGGAAGUCUCGAAUAUUGUUUCAGAAGACCCAUCAAAUUCCCCGUUUCACAUGCAAACCGCUUCAAUGUAUUUACCGCUUGCACCUAUCUCCCAGAAAUACCCUCUCGAGGGACUUUGCGCCGAGCACCUUUCUCCUCUCAUUCUUCAAUACUACCCGCCUUUCAACGGCGUAGUUCUUGCAUACGAUAAUCCUCGACUAUCUGAGAAACCUUUUGGGACAAACACAUCUACGGAAAUGCUAUUUCAGAAUAUCGAUGAGUACGCCGUCAGUUGGAGUUGGGUAACAGCGGAAUUUUUGAUUUUCAAGAUGGAGAGCGGAGUUGAGAUCGAGGCAUACGUUAAUCUGCAGAAUGAAGGCCAUGUUGGUCUCGUGUGCUGGAAUUUGUUCAAUGCGAGUAUUGAGCGGAAACGAUUACCUGCGGACUGGAAAUGGGUGGGUGUAGAGGAGCUAGAGGCGGAGGAGGGGGCGGAAGAUAAUUACGCACCAGAUGGAGCGGGGUACUAUGUUGAUGGUAGUGGUAAUAAAGUGGAGGGGAAGUACAUGUUCAGAAUCAAGGAUGUGCAAACGGAUUCAGAUCCUCAGAGAGGGUUCGUCAGUAUUGAGGGGACAAUGCUGGGGGAAGAGGAAGAGCUAGCGUUGCUGGAGAGCGAGAAGAGCGUGGUGAAGAAACCUGUAGACUUGAUGAGCAGAAGACCAUGGCCAUCAAAAGCUAUUGGUGCUACUGUAUUAGGAGUUCCUCGGGAGCCGGACGAAGAUGAUGCAGGUGGAAGAAGAAAACACAGGCAAAGAUACUGA